CAAGCCGCUGCAGGGGGACUGGGGGAUAUCGCGCUAUCCUGGCCGUACGAUUUCCUCGGGAAAUUUUUACCUGCGUCUAACGCCAGUCGCUGAGGAUUUGCGCGAAGUAAGGAAUCGCUUGGAUAUGUCUUUAUGACUGCGGAACUGCCAAGCCAGGUUUUCUCGUGAUGAUAAAACAUCUGUUUUACCUGUGAAAGGACUAAAGUGAGAGAGGAACCAGAGAUGGACCAGGACCUGUUUGGUGGAGCCCCGCGGUUCCUGACGCGGCCCAAGGCCUUUGCGGUGUGCGUCGGCCGAGAUGCCACACUCAGCUGCACGAUCGUGGGCAACCCGGUGCCGGCGGUCACCUGGGAGAAAGAGAAACUGCGGCUCACCUCCGGGGGGCGCUUCAAGAUGGUGGAGGACGGGGACGUGUACCGCUUGACCAUCUACGACCUGACCCUGGAGGACAGCGGGCAGUACAUGUGCCGAGCCAAGAACCCCGUUGGUGAGGCGUACGCUGCCGUCACCCUCAAGGUGGGCCUGCCGGCGGAGAUGGCGGAGCGGGCGCCUGUGUUCUUGGCCAGGCCCGUCUCUACCCGGGUUGGCCUUGGGGAAGACGUCACCUUCCAGUGCCGGGUUUCGGCCCAUCCCGACGCCAACUUUGAGUGGGAAAAGGAUGGCCGCUACGUGGGCGAGUCCAACCGCAUCAAGAUUACCUCCGACAGCGAGGGCAGCUCCCUGAGGAUCAAGUGCGUACGCAGCCUGGACAGCGGCACGUACACCUGCCGGGCCCAGAACUCGGCGGGCCGCUCCCAGGCCGCUGCCGCCCUGGUGGUGGAGCUCCAGGACUCCCGUCACCUAGCCAACGCAGACAAGAGCACCUCCCUCCUCUCCCACCUCCAGAAGCGCAAGGAGGAGAUGCGCAAGGACAUCACCAUCUAUCGCGCGGCGGAGGUCAUCUCCUCCUCCGCCUCCUCCGCCAUCUCCAAGACCCCCGAGGGGCUGAGCACCCUGGGGCUCAGCCUGGCCCAGGACCACGACCGCAUGGCCACCCUGGCCAGGAAGCUGCCCAAAGGUGUCUUCACCCGCACAUGUACAGUGACGGAAGGCAAGCACGCCAAGCUCAGCUGCUUUGUCACCGGCCGGCCCAAGCCCCACAUCAUCUGGAGGAAGGAUGGGAGCAACAUUGUUGAGGGCCGCAGGCACGUCAUGUACGAAGACCAGGAGGAGAACUUCAUCCUCAAAGUCCUCUACUGCAAGCAGAGUGACAAUGGCCUCUACACCUGUAAUGCCUCCAACUUGGCCGGGCAGACCUACAGUGCAGUGUUGGUCAUCGUCAAAGAGCCCAAGGUGCCGUUCAGGACGAAGCUGCAGGAUGUGGAGGUGCGGGAGAAGGAGACGGCCAUGCUAUCGUGCGAGGUGCCCGUCCCUGCCACCAAGGCCAGCUGGUACAUGGAGGAGACACGGCUGGAGCAGAGCGCCAAGUACGGCAUCGAGGAGGAGGGCACCCUGCGCCGCCUCACCAUCCGCAACGUCACCACCAACGACGACGCGGUCUACAUCUGCGAGAUGAAGGAGGGCAGCCGCACCGUGGCCGAGCUCACCGUCCUAGGCAACAUCACCAAGAAGCUCCCGCGGAAGACAGUUGUGCCGGUGAGCGACACGGUCAUCUUCUGUGUUGAGCUGGAGCAGCCGUGCGAGGGGGCCUACUGGACCAGGAACGGCGAGAGGCUGAAGGAGGAAGCCCGCAUAUGCAUCAUGUUCUCAGGCCGCCAGUACACCCUCACCAUCCGUGACUGCCGCGCUGAAGACUCUGGGGAGAUCGCCUUCGUGGCCGGGGACUGCAAGACAUCCACUCGGUUCACCGUCACUGCCCCAAGAAAGCACCCCCCAGACCCCCCAGUCGAUCCUGUGGUGCGGAACAAGACCAGCUCCUCGCUGACACUGUGCUGGUCGCCCCCGGACACCGACCGGCCCGUACCCAUCUCGGGCUACAUUGUGGAGCGGAGGAAGUUGGGCGCUCAGACCUGGGUGAGGUGCCACAGCACUGUGAGCGUGUCCUGCACAGAGUUCACGGUCUGCAACCUCACUGAAGAGGCCAGCUACCAGUUCCGCAUCACCGCCCUCAACGACUUCGGCCAGAGCCCCAGCCUGGAGGUGCCUGGAACCUUCUUCCUUGAGCCUGCUGGAGAGGUGACAUGCGGCCUGGUGAACAGCACCGCCACAGUGGGCGAGGAGGCAUCCUUUACCGUGGAGCUGUCGGCCGUCUGCUCGGGCUCCUGGUCGCUGAACGGCCGAGUCCUGCGCAGCGGCGCGGACUACCUCAUCACACGUAACAAGAACACCCACACGCUGGUCAUCCGUGAGACCCGCGAGGAGCUGAACGGGGCCGAGAUCAAGUUCGUGGGAGGGGGCUCGGAGAGCACCUGCACCCUCAGCGUGAAGGCUGCCCCGAUAGGGUUCAUCAACAAAUCUGCGCAGACGGAGGUGGUGAGCUGCAUUGCACACUCCUCUGCCCAGCUACAGGCAGAAGUAUCAGACGCCAAGAUCUCGGUGAUCUGGAUGAAAGACGGCCGGGAGCUGCGGUUGGGCAAGAAGUACGAGAGCGUGAGCACGGACCGCAAGCGGAUCCUAAUAGUGCAUAACGUGACGGAGGAGGACGUGGGUGUCUACGAGUGCGUCUGCGAUGGCGACCGCCUAUCACUGCAGCUCGCUCUCAAAGAGGUGCCGGGCAAGUUUGUGAGCAGGCCCAAGGGCACCACCGGGAUAACAUCCCGGCUCUCGGGAGACCUGGAGUUGAGUUGCGAGGUGUCGUCCGCCAGCACGGCGGUGGUGUGGAAGAAGGAUCACAUGGAGAUCAGGGAGGACCAGAGGACCUCCUUCAUAUCACAGGGCACGCUGCGAAAGCUGGUCAUCAAGAAUGCGAAGAAGAGCGACGAGGGCCAGUACAGCUGCGAGACGGCAGAGGACAAACUGACAUUCCACGUCGUGGUUAAGGAAACAAAGUCAACAUUUGUGAAGAAGACGGUGACAAAGACAGAGUUCUCCUCCGCCAGUGGAGAGACAGUGAUCUUGUCCUGUGAGGUGAACCAUGCUAGUGCCCAGGGCAAGUGGUUCAAGAAAGGACAGGAAGUGAAGCUGGGAGCGGACGCUGUCAUGGAAGUGGACGGCACAACCAGGAAGCUGAUUCUGAAGAACGUGAAAGCCAGUGAUACAGGCGCAUACUCGUUCAAACUACCUGAUGAUGAGAUAACAUUCAAUGUGAACAUCAAGGAAACCCAGGCUGCAUUUGCAAACAAGGAGUCCGUUCAGAAGGAGGUGAAAGCCACUCUCUCCCAGAAAGCCACUCUGAGCUGUGAGGUGUCGGACACUCAGACUGAGGUGAAGUGGUACAAGGACGGCAAGCUGCUGAGCUCCAGCAAGAAGAUCCACGUGGAGUCAAAGGGCAAGAGCCGACAGCUGGUGCUGGACAGCGUGGAGAAGAAGGAUGCUGGGGAGUACACCUGUGAGGCUGGAGCAGAGAAGCUGCUCUUUAAGAUACAGGUGGCAGAAACCCAGGCUGCAUUUGCAAACAAGGAGUCCGUGCAGAAGGAGGUGAAAGCCACUCUCUCCCAGAAAGCCACUCUGAGCUGUGAGGUGUCGGACGCUCAGACUGAGGUGAAAUGGUACAAGGACAGCAAGCUGCUGAGCUCCAGCAAGAAGAUCCACGUGGAGUCAAAGGGCAAGAGCCGACAGCUGGUGCUGGACAGCGUGGAGAAGAAGGAUGCUGGGGAGUACACCUGUGAGGCUGGAGCAGAGAAGCUGCUCUUUAAGAUACAGGUGGCAGAACCCCAGGCUGCCUUUGCAAACACGGAGUCCGUGCAGAAGGAGGUGAAAGCCACUCUCUCCCAGAAAGCCACUCUGAGCUGUGAGGUGUCGGACACUCAGACUGAGGUGAAAUGGUACAAGGACGGCAAGCUGCUGAGCUCCAGCAAGAAGAUCCAUGUGGAGUCAAAGGGCAAGAGCCGACAGCUGGUGCUGGACAGCGUGGAGAAGAAGGAUGCUGGGGAGUACACCUGUGAGGCUGGAACAGAGAAGCUGCUCUUUAAGAUACAGGUGGCAGAAACCCAGGCUGCGUUUGCAAACAAGGAGUCCGUUCAGAAGGAGGUGAAAGCCACUCUCUCCCAGAAAGCCACUCUGAGCUGUGAGGUGUCGGAAGCUCAGACUGAGGUGAAAUGGUACAAGGACGGCAAGCUGCUGAGCUCCAGCAAGAAGAUCCACGUGGAGUCAAAGGGCAAGAGCCGACAGCUGGUGCUGGACAGCGUGGAGAAGAAGGAUGCUGGGGAGUACACCUGUGAGGCUGGAGCAGAGAAGCUGCUCUUUAAGAUACAGGUGGCAGAACCCCAGGCUGCGUUUGCAAACAAGGAGUCCGUUCAGAAGGAGGUGAAAGCCACUCUCUCCCAGAAAGCCACCCUGAGCUGUGAGGUGUCGGACGCUCAGACUGAGGUGAAAUGGUACAAAGACGGCAAGCUGCUGAGCUCCAGCAAGAAGAUUCACGUGGAGUCAAAGGGCAAGAGCCGACAGCUGGUGCUGGACAGCGUGGAGAAGAAGGAUGCUGGGGAGUACACCUGCGAGGCUGGAGCAGAGAAGCUGCUCUUUAAGAUACAGGUGGCAGAAACCCAGGCUGCGUUUGCAAACAAGGAGUCCGUUCAGAAGGACGUGAAAGCCACUCUCUCCCAGAAAGCCACCCUGAGCUGUGAGGUGUCGGACGCUCAGACUGAGGUGAAAUGGUACAAAGACGGCAAGCUGCUGAGCUCCAGCAAGAAGAUCCACGUGGAGUCAAAGGGCAAGAGCCGACAGCUGGUGCUGGACAGCGUGGAGAAGAAGGAUGCUGGGGAGUACACCUGUGAGGCUGGAGCAGAGAAGCUGCUCUUUAAGAUACAGGUGGCAGAAUCCAUUGCCCAAUUCCAGAACAAGUCUGCUGUGAAGGACGCGGUGAUGGUGCAGGAGAGUGAGGAUAUUGUACUAGCCACAGAACUGACGUCAGACGCUACUGUGAGGUGGUUCAGGGACGGUGUGGAGCUGAAGGAGAGCAAGAAGUAUGUGAUGAAGAAGGAGGGUAUGUCUCGCACCCUGGUGGUGAAGUCCUCUGAGGUCAAAGACAGUGGCACGUACUCCUGCCAGACUGCUGAUGACAAGCUUGACUUCAAAGUCCAAGUCAAAGAGCCUGCCUUGAAGUUCAUUGUGAAGCUGGAGCCGGUGGCUGCCGAGCUGGGCGGGACCCUGACGCUGACCUGCGAGCUGAACCGGGCCAGAGGGGACGUGCUGUGGCGCCACAAUGGCACCGAGAUCAAGCCCAGCAGCAAGUUCCGCAUGAGCGCAGACGGCGCCAAGCGGGUCCUUGCAGUGACCGGGGUGGCCCCGGAGGACGAGGGGGAGUACAGCUGCGAGUGCAAGGACGACAAGACCUCCGUCAAGAUCUCCACUAAAGCUCCUCGGCUGGUGAGGUUCACAGCAAAGCUGAACAACGUGGCAGCAGUGGAAGGGAAGGACGCCAUCUUUAAGUGCACUGUGACCCCGGCCGACGUGAAGGUCAGGUGGCUCCGCAACGGAACGGCCAUCACCACCGGGCCCAAGUUCAAGAUCACACACGAGGGGACCAGCCACUCCCUCACCAUCACCUCAGUCAGCUCGGAGGACGCCGGGGAGAUCACUGCUGACGCCGAGGGCAAAGUCUCUUCAGCCAACCUCCAAGUGCAACCGAUGCCAGUGACCUUCAAGAAGAAGCUGGAGAACUGCACGGUGCAAGAGCAGCAGGAGGUGAAGAUGGAGGUGGAGCUGAGCAAGCCGUCGGCCGACGUCAAGUGGAUGAAGAACAGCGUGGUGCUGCAGCCCGGCGGCAACGUGGAGAUCCACGUUGAUGGGGCCCGGCAGACCCUCGUCCUGAAGAGUGUCACCAUGAGCGACCGCGGCUACUACUCCUGCGAGACGCUUGACGACAAGACCCAGGCCAAACUCACUGUGGAAACGAGGAAGAUCGAAGUGGUGAAGGGACUAGAGGAUGUUAAGGUACACGAGAAGGAGACGGUGACGUUCGAGGUGGAGCUCAACCACCCCGAUGUGGAGAGCUACUGGACCAACGAUGGAAUCAAGCUGAAAGCCGGGUCGAACUGUCGCAUCACUGCGCUGGACAAGAAGCACGCCCUCACCCUAUCCAAUCUGAAGAUGGAGGAUGCAGGCAUGAUCAAGUUCCAUGCUGAGAGGGUGACCUCCUCUGGCAGGCUCACAGUCACAGAGCCUGCUGUGAAGUUCACCAAACCUCUGAAGGACAUCAGUGCUCCAGAGAAGGAGAAGGUCACAUUUGAGUGCGAGGUCUCCCGACCCAAUGUAGACGUCAAGUGGUUCAAGGAUGAUGUGGAGCUGAAGCCGGGGAAGAAGCUGGGCAUCCACUCACAGGGGUGCAAGCGCAGCCUGCUGAUCCACAAGUGCGCCUACGAGGACCAGGGCCAGUACGUCUGCGACGUGACGGACGACAAGACCUCCGCCAAACUCACAGUUCACGCCCGAGACAUUAAGAUCGUGAAGAAGCUGGAGGACGUGGAGGUCAUGGAGAAGGAGAGCGCAUCCUUCGUGUGCGAGGUCUCGCACGACGAGGUGGAGGGCCAGUGGCACAAGAACGACAGCAAGCUCAAAGCUGGGGACAACAUCAAGAUGAGACAAGAGGGUAGAACCUACGUGCUGCUGUUCAAGUCUGUGACUGUGGAGGAUGCUGCUGAGAUCAAAUUCACAGCAGAAAAGGCCUCCUCAACGGCUAAACUGAAGGUGAAAGAGCUGCCGGUUCGGAUCGUGAAGAAGCUCAGGGACAAGAUCGCCAUGUACAAGCACCGGGGUCACCUGGAGUGCCAGGUGUCCCGCGCCAGCGCCAAGGUCAAGUGGUACAAGAACAAGAAGGAGCUCAAGCAGAGCAAGAAGCAUGAGAUCGUGAGCGAGGGCAUCUACAGAAAGCUCACCAUCAACGACGUUUGCUCCGACGACGAGGACACCUAUACCUGCGACGCCGUUGACGACAAGACCUCCUGCCAGCUCUUUGUGGAGGAGCAAGCCAUCAGUAUCGUGCGGGAGCUGAGUGCGGCGGAGGUGACGGAGCCCGACGCGGCGCGCUUCGAGGUGGAGAUCAGCAUGGAGGCGGUGAAGCCUCCAAAGUGGACCCUGAACGGAGAGCCGCUCAAGGCCGGUGCUGAUGUAGAGAUAGAGCAGGAGGGCACGGUGCACCGCCUGGUCUUCAGGAAGACCAAGACCACCAUGUCAGGCACUGUGCAGUUCAUGGCUGGGAAGAGCAAGUCUGUGGCUCAGCUCACUGUGAAAGAGCGCCCUCUGGAGGUUGUACUUCCAAUCAAAGACACAAAAGCCAAAGAGAAAGAAUCAGUCACCCUCAGCUGCAAGUUUUCUGCUCCGCCCAAAGAGUUCAUCUGGUUCAAAGGCCAAACUGCCCUGAAGAGCUCAAGCAAGUACAGCAUAAGGCAGGACAAGGCUCGAGUAGAACUGACCAUCCAGAACCUGACAGGGGAGGACUCUGGGGAAUACUGCUGCCAGUCAGGGACCUCAGAAAGCAAGGCUACUCUCACUGUGGAAGUCCGGGAAGUGAAGAUCACCAAGCAUCUGGAGGACAUAGAGGUGGACGAGGACAGUGACGUUACGUUCACCUGCGAGGUCAACUACACCGACGAGGAGGUGCAGUGGCUGCUGAACGGCACGCCACUCUGGACCAACGAGCUCAACGACAUCCAGCACACGGGCAAAGUCCACUCCCUCAGCCUCAAGCACCUGGCCCCCGAGGACGGCGGGACCAUCACCGUCAAGGUCCGGGAGGUCAGCGAGUCUGCCACCCUCAAGGUCAAAGAGAAGCGGGCGGUCUUCCUCAAGUCCUUGGAUGAUGUGGUGGGAGAGGAGAAGGGCACCAUCACCCUACUGUGUGAGGCAUCCAAGCCCAGGGUCUCCCCUGUCUGGAGGAAGGACGGCGUGGUCCUGGCCGCCAGCGACAAGUACGAGCUGCUACACUCCGGCAAGUCCUUGGGCCUGACCGUGCACGACCUGAGCCAGGACGACGCUGGAGAGUACACCUGCGACCUGGGCACCGAUCUAGCCAAGUCCAAAGUGUCUGUGCAAGAUCUGACCAUCGGCAUCACCAAACGGCUGAAGACAGUGGAGGUGAAGGAAGGGGAAGACUGCAGUUUUGAGUGCAUCCUGUCACGCGAGAGCACGGAUGAGUGCAUUUGGACCCUCAACGGUCAGCCCGUGGUCAGUGGCGGUCGCUUCCAGGUCUCCAGCAAGGGCCGCAAGUAUACCCUGAGCAUCAAGGAUGUGGCUGCCAGUGAUGCUGGGGAUGUUGUCUUCACUAUCAAGAACCUGACUUCUAAGACCACACUCUCUGUUAAAGGGAGGGCGGUCAAGGUGAGCAGGGGGCUGCAGGAUGUGUGCGUGGCCCCGGGGGAGGACGCGGAGCUCAGCUGCGAAGUGACGCAGCCGGGCGCCAGCGUCAAGUGGUCCAAGGACGGGAAGGCCAUCAGGAAGAGCCAGAAGUACGAGAUCUGCCAGGAGGGGACCCUCGUCAAGCUGGUCGUCCACAGCGUUGCCACCAGGGACUCGGGGGAGUACUGCUGUGAAGUGGAGGGCGGGGUCACCACCCGAGCCAAACUGGAUGUCAAAGAGUCAGACCAGCGCUUUACCAGGGAGCUGCAGGACACACAGGCUGAGGAGAAGGGCACAGUGACGCUGGAGUGUGAGACGGCCAGCCCUGCCACCAAGGUCACCUGGAAGAAGGGCGCGGUGGAGCUGAGGGCGGGCGGGAGGUACGAGAUGAAGCAGCGCGGGACCCUCCUCUCCCUCACCAUCAAGGAGCUGGAGAAGAGCGAUGGCGACUCCUACUCCUGCCACGCGGGGGCCGUCCAGAGCAAGGCCAAGCUGACAGUGGAAGGUCAAAAAGUGCAAAUAGUGGAGGAGCUGGAGGACGUAGAGUGUUUAGAGGGGGAGUCGGCCACGUUUAAGUGCCGCAUCACCCCCAGCGAACGUGUCGAGGUGCAGUGGCACCUGGACACAACUCUGCUGCGUGCCAACGAGCUCAACGGCAUCCAGGUCCUGCCCGGAGGCUACCACACCCUCACUGUCAAGAAGCUGAAGUGCAAGGACUCGGGAACCAUCUCCGUCCGGGCUGGCGACAAGAAGGCCUCCGCCUCCCUCAGGGUCAAAGAAAGGCCCCCCUCUUUUACAAAAGAGCUAAAGAACUGUGAGGCCAAAGAAGGGGACGACUUGGUCCUGUCCUGUCAGACCUCCAAAAGCUGUCAUGUCCAGUGGUACAAGGAUGGGCUCCAAAUACAAGACUCCCCCAAGUGUCAGACCAGUCGAACAGACACGGAAGCUGCAUUGACCGUCUGCGGGGUGGACGAGAGGGACGCAGGCACGUACAAGUGUGAGGCUGGUACGGCCAGCACUGAAGCCCGGGUCACCGUGAAGGCUCUCCCGGCUGAGUUUAAACAAAAGCUGCAGAACCAGGAGGCCAAAGAAGGGGAGAGCAUAACCCUGUGCUGCGAGUUCUCCAAGCCUGGAGCGAAGGCACAGUGGAGGAAGGGAAAGAGGCUGCUGAAAUCUGGAGACAAGUACCAGAUGAAGCAGAGGGACACGUCCUUCGAGCUGAAGAUCACAGACCUGAAACCAGAGGAUGCUGGAGAAUACUCCUGCGAAUGCGCAGACCAAAAGACUAGAGCCUCAGUUACAGUGCAUGCGCUGCCAGUCAUUUUCACUCAAGAGCUGCAGAGCCAGGAGGCUGAGGAGGGGGACAGCGUUACCCUGCGCUGUGAGCUCUCUAAAUCCGGAGCUGCAGUGGAGUGGAGGAAGGGAGCAGAGGUGCUGAAGUCUGGAGACAAAUAUGAGAUGAAGCAGAAGGAGUCUACUGUAGAGCUGAAGAUUGCCAAAGUGCUGCCAGAGGACAGCGGAGACUACAGCUGUGUGUGUGGAGACCAGAGGACGACAGCGAACCUCAAAGUCAAGGCACUCCCCAUCACAUUCACACAAGAGCUGCAGAGCCAGGAGGCUGAGGAGGGGGGCAGCGUUACCCUGCGCUGUGAGCUCUCUAAACCCGGAGCUGCAGUGGAGUGGAGGAAGGGAGCAGAGCUGCUGAAGGCCGGAGACAAAUAUGAGAUGAAGCAGGAAGACUCUGCUGCAGAGCUGAAGAUCAACGAUCUGAAGCCUGAAGACUCUGGAGACUACAGCUGCAGUUGUGGAGACCUCAGCACAACAGCCAGCGUCAAAGUCAAUGAACUACCCGUCACGUUCACUCAAGAGCUGCAGAGCCAGGAGGCCGAGGAGGGAGGCAGCGCUACCCUGCGCUGUGAGCUCUCUAAGCCUGGAGCUCCGGUGGAGUGGAGGAAGGGAGCAGAGCUGCUGAAGCCUGGAGACAAAUAUGAGAUGAAGCAGGAGGGGACGGCCGCCGAAAUCCACAUUCAGAACCUGCAAACCGAGGAUGCUGGGGAAUACAGCUGCAUCUCCGGAGAACAGAACACAACAGCCAAAGUAAACGUGAGGGCCCUUCCUGUCACGUUCACACAAGGGCUGCAGAACCAGGAGGCCGAGGAGGGGGGCAGCGUUACCCUGCGCUGUGAGCUCUCUAAACCUGGAGCUCCGGUGGAGUGGAGCAAGGACGCAGAGCUGCUGAAGGCCGGAGACAAAUAUGAGAUGAAGCAGGAGGAGACCGUCAUACAGCUUGUGAUACACAACCUAGAAGAGAAUGACUCUGGGAAGUAUACCUGUAAAAGCAAAGACGAUCAGUCGGUUGCGGAGUUGUUUGUGAAAGCACUGCCAGUAGUUUUCACCCAAGAGUUGCAGAGCCAGGAGGCUGAGGAGGGGGGCAGCGUUACCUUGCGCUGUGAGCUCUCUAAACCCGGAGCUGCAGUGGAGUGGAGGAAGGGAGCAGAGGUGCUGAAGUCUGGAGACAAAUAUGAGAUGAAGCAGAAGGAGUCUACUGUAGAGCUGAAGAUCAGCAAUCUGACGCCUGAAGACUCUGGAGACUACAGCUGUAUCACAGGAGACAAGCAGAGCUCUGCUCAUGUUAAAGUCAAUGCCCUGCCAGUCGUUUUCACACAAGAGCUGCAGAGCCAGGAGGCUGAGGAGGGGGGCAGCGUUACCCUGCGCUGUGAGCUCUCUAAACCCGGAGCUGCAGUGGAGUGGAGGAAGGGAGCGGAGGUGCUGAAGUCUGGAGACAAAUAUGAGAUGAAGCAGAAGGAGACUACUGUAGAGCUGAAAAUCAACGAUCUGAAGCCUGAAGACUCUGGAGACUACAGCUGUAUCACAGGAGACAAACAGAGCUCUGCUCAUGUUAAAGUCAAUGCCCCCUUGGUGGUGUUCCAGAAGGACCUGGAGGGCCAGGAGGCCAAAGAGGGAGAGGACGUCACGCUACGGUGCGAGACCUCCAGGCCCAACGCCACCGUCACCUGGAGGAAGGGCUCCAAAGUGCUCUCCGAGGGGGGGAAGUACUCCAUACAGCAGCAAGGCUGCGAGCACACCCUGGUCAUCCACAAGCUGAGGCCAGAGGACACCGGUGACUACACCUGUGACACGGGGACCAGCACAAGCACAGCCACCCUGACCGUCAAAGAGCACGUGCGGAUCUUGGCGGGCCUGCGGGACGUCACCAUGACGACGGGGGAGGACGCCUGCUUCGAGUGCAGGCUGUCCCAGCCCGGGGUGACGGACGUGGAGUGGUGGCUGGACACCAACCUCCUGCAGAACAACGACCUGAACCAGAUGAGCUGCCAGGGGUACCAGCACCGCCUGGUGCUCAAGAUGGUCACGCCCGACGAGUCGGGCACCGUGUCCUUUGUGGUGGGCGGCGAGACCAGCACCGCCCGCCUGCGGGUGCUGGAUAAGGCCAAAGAGCCUCCCAUAUUCUUCCAGCAGGAGCUGUCAAACCAAGAGGCUGAGGAGGGGGACAGUGUUAUCCUGCGCUGUGAGCUCUCUAAACCCGGAGAUUCGGUGGAGUGGAGGAAGGGAGGAGUGGUGCUGCAGCCCAGCAGAAAGUAUGAAAUGAAACAGGAGGGGUGUGUGCUGGAGCUGUGGAUUCGCGACCUGGAGCCCGAGGAUAAUGGCUACUAUACCUGCGAUGUAGGAGAACAGUUGACCACAGCCUCUGUGACGGUGCAAGAAGGAGAGGUGCGGAUAGUGUCUGGGUUAAAGAACACGGAUGUCUUUAUUGGGGAGCAGGCCACGUUCUCCUGCCAGCUGUCCCGCAGGGUCAAGCGGGCGCAGUGGUGGCUGGACGGCACAGCCCUGCAGCAGAGCGCCUUCAGCGAGAUCGGGGUUCAGGAGGGCAACGUCCACACGCUCUGCCUAAAGAACCUGGCCCACGACGACUCGGGAACGGUCACUUUCAAAGCCGGGAGUCUGGUGUCCACUGCCAAGCUCUUAGUCAAAGAUCCCACAGUAGAGGUUGUCAGCACCAUGGAGGACCUGCGGGUGGUGGAGGACCAGCCGGCCGAGUUCAUCUGCCAGUACUCGCGGCCGGUGAAGGCAGUGUGGAAGAGGAACGGGCAGCCGGUACAGGCGGACGGCAAGCGUGUGGUGGAGGAGCAGGACUGGAACGUGGCCCGGCUGUACAUCAGCCGCGUGGCCGCUGAGGACAGCGGAACGUACUCCUGCGAGGCGGAGGGCACCUGUGUGGUCGCCCUCCUGGAGGUGCAAGCCAAGCCCAUCGAUAUCGUCCAGGGGCUAGAAAACGUGGAGACCUUCGACGGUGGGGAGGCGCUGUUUGAGUGCUCCCUGUCCCGACCGGAGACCCAGGACUGCCACUGGCUCGUCAAUGACCGGCCCGUGCAGGAGUCGGCCAACGUGGAGAUCGUGUCCUUCGAGAGCGGCCGCCGCCACCUCCUCCUGAUGAAGGACCUGCAUGUCGGAGACAGCUGUAGUGUCACCUUCCUGGCCGGCACUGCGGUCACCUCCGCCUUCCUGACCGUCAAAGGCUGGCAGCUGAACGUGGUGAAGCACUUGGAGGAUAAGGAGGCCUCCGUGGGCGAGCGGGUGGAGUUCAGCUGCGCGCUGAGCGAGCCGGUGCCCGAGAGCGAGGUCGCCUGGUACGCCAACGGCGCCGAGCUCCGCCGCGGCGACGGCUGGAGCAUGCAGGUGGACGGCCGCGUGUACCGACUCAUUCUGGAGCAGGUCCGCCCCCAGCCUCCCCUGGAGAUCACCUUCGCCGCCCGCGACGCCAUCUCCAUGGCCAAGCUCACGGUCCUUGGUCUUCCUGACCCGCCCGAAGACCUCGAGCUGGUGAGCAAGAGCGACAAAUCUGUGACGCUGUCUUGGUUCACGCCCCUGAAUGAUGGGGGCAGCCCCAUCCUGGGCUACCGGGUGGAGAUGCGCCUGGCCGACAGCGCCCUCUGGCUGCCGUGCCACACCGAGCCCAUCUGCAGCACGGAGUUUGUGGUGGACAACCUCAUCCCCGGGACGGGGUACAGGUUCCGCGUGGCAGCGCUAAACCGAGUGGGCAUCGGGGAGCCCGUCCACCUGCCGCAAGCUGUACAGCUAGAAGCACCAGUGAAAGUGACAGAGCAGCUGUCCAGCCCACCACCAGAAGAGGGCAAGUCAGCUCGAAUGGAGUGCCAGCUCUCCAGCGAGGGCACCCAGGUCACCUGGCUUAAGGACAACAAGGAGCUGGAGCUGGGUACAAAGUACCAGUCAGUGACAGAGGGGACGAAGCAGGUGCUGCUCAUCUCAGACUUCCAGUCCAGCGACCAGGGAGUUUACACAUGCGUGGCCUCAGAAGAAGCCGAGACCUCCCUCAACCUCUACCUGGAAGGUGCUGAGGUUUCUCAGGCAGGGGUAGGCACAGAAGAGGAGGGAGGCCAGCCCAGCCUGCCCCCUGAAGCUGCCUCAGAGGGAGACGUGCACCUCCUCUGGGAGGUGAUGGCCAAGAAACGCCGCAUGAGCCGGGAGCCCACCCUGGACUCCAUUUCCGAGCUGCCUGAAGAAGACGGCAAGGAGUCAAAGGAGGCUGCAAAGGAGAAGGAGCUAGAGAAGGUGGAGGUGGAGGCCUCCCUGGUGGACUACCUCAAAAUCAGCAGCAAGUCAACUGUCACUGGCAGCCAGAUUGUCUCUGAGAAAUUGCAAGUGACAAAGGAGAUACAGCAGACAGCCGCCGAGCCCCCAGCCACGGAAAUCACCAAGGAUGAUGAUUCCGAGAUGAUGGAGGCGGCCAUCAAGAUCCAGGCCGCCUUCAAGGGCUACAAGGCCCGCAAGGACCUACGGCCGGUCUUCAAGGAAGUCUUCAAGGAACAGACCAAGGAGCCCAGCGGCACCAUCCACCUGGAGUGCGUGAUGGUGGGCAAACCCGACAAGGUGCGCUGGCUGAAGGACGGCGAGCCCCUGACGGACGGCAAGCACCACCACAUCGACAUCUACAACGACGGCACCUGCUCCCUGGUCAUCACCGGCGUCACCACCAAGGACACGGGCGUCUACACCUGCGAGGCGACCAACAAGUUUGGCGUGGCUGUGCACAGCGCCAAGGUGACGGUGGGCAGCCUGCGGGAGUCAUCGGGCCGGCGCCCCCUGCAGCUGCCUUACGGCUACAGCGCCGACAGCGAGCCAGAGAGCUCGUCUGGCAGUGAGAUAGACGAGUCGCUGCGGCAGGCCAGCAAGAGGCUGCGGCGCCUCCUGCGAACCCGCCUGCCGCCGGACGUGGAGGAGGAGCCCUUCCUGAGCGCUGACGAGGGCGACCUGCCGCCCCCGGACCCCCACUCGUACCGCGAGGACGACAAGUACAUCUACAUCCGCUUUGACACCCUCGCCGAGGCCCAGACGGCCUCGCAGCGCUUCCAGGACAUGUUCACCGCGCAGGGGGUCCCCAUCGAAACCACCAUCCUGGAGGGGGGCCCGCGUAAGGUGGAGCUGCGCAUCAUGAAGAUGACCUCCACUCAGACUGAGGAGAAGCAGCUGCCCGCCUUCAUGACGGGAGCUCCAGCGGCCCCGGUCUUCCUCACCGAGCUGCACAGCCAGGACGUGCCGGACGGUUACCCGGUCAGCUUUGACUGUGUGGUCAUCGGCAAGCCCCCGCCAACUGUGCGCUGGUUCAAGGACGGCAAGCUGAUCGAGGAGAACGACCACUACAUGAUCAACGAGGACCAGGAGGGCUGUCACCAGCUCAUCAUCACCGCCGUACUGCCCUCUGACAUGGGCGUGUACCGCUGCAUGGCUGAGAACAGCAGCGGCAUCGCCUCCACCAAGGCCGAGCUCAGGGUGGACGUGUCCUGCAGCUCAGACUAUGACACUGCGGCUGAUGCCACAGAGACUUCCUCUUACAUCAGCGCCAAAGGAUACAUGUCCAGGGAAACAGAAGCUUUUGAAUCUGUGACAGAGGAAGAACAGCUCCCCCAGGUGGUGGAUGAGCUGCACGAUGUCCAUGUCACCCCUGGGGCGCCCCUUGCCAAGAUGCAGGUCAAGGUCAAAGGGUACCCCCGGCCCAGGGUGUAUUGGUUCAAAGACGGGCAGCCGUUGCGGCCUUCAGACCGUAUCCUGGUGUUGGAGGAGAAGGGCCUGCACAGCCUGGAGAUCCUGGAGGUGACGCGGGAGGACAUGGGAGAGUACUCCGCCUACAUCAGCAACGCUGCCGGCUCCGCCUACUCCUCUGCCAGGCUGCUCGUCCUUGCUCCCGGAGAGCACCUGCCUGAUGAAGCUGGGAAAAUCAAAGGUGCCAAAGAGCUGCUGGUGCCCCCACGCUUCCUGGAGAGGUUCCCCAACAGGAAAGUGAAGCAGGGAGCCAGCAUCACCUUGUCCGUCAAAGUGGAAGGCUCCCCUGUGCCCUUGAUCACCUGGCUGAAAGAGGAGUCCCCAGAGGACGUGCUGUGGAUCAAAUCCGACACGCCGGGCUACAAGGUGGCCGGCUCCGACCGUCAGCACAGCCUCAUCCUGAUGGACGUGGGCAAGCAGCACACAGGCACCUACACCUGCAUUGCCACCAACAAGGGCGGCCAGUCCAUCUGCACCGCUCACCUGGAGGUGGAUGAUGCCCCUCCGGUAGUGGCCCAAGUAGAGGAACCAAAACCCAAGGCUCCUCAAGAGGUUCUUGGGAUCACUAUUAGUCCCCCAGAAGAUGAGGCUAAAAUAUCAGAGGAGAGCAAGGCAGCCAGCACCUUUUUGGGCCAAGUAGGUACAGAAGAGUUCCUUAUGAAGCUCACCUCCCAGAUCACAGAGAUGGUAUCUGCCAAGAUCAGUCAAGCUUCUCUACGUGUGCCGGGGGCUGACAGCGAUGACGAGACGAAGACUCCCUUGGCCUCACCUCACCACGGACGCUCUCGCCCUGCCUCUCUGAUCGUGGACUCCUCAUCGGAGUCAGACGAUGACGAGUCCAGAGGAGAGAUGUUUGAUAUCUAUGUUGCCACGGCUGACUAUAACCCAACCGGAGCCAAUGUGGAGACCAUAGCUCUCAAGGAAGGGCAGUAUGUGGAGGUGCUGGACUCCGCUCAUCCCCUCAAGUGGCUGGUCCGCACCAAACCCACCAAAACCACGCCCUCUCGCCAGGGCUGGGUCUCCCCUGCCUACCUCGACAAGAAACUGAAGUUGUCCCCAGACAGUGCAGAGGUCCCAGAGGUGGGGGUGGAGCAGGUCACUGAGGGUGAAUACAAAAGGAGACUGUGCCAACUGAUUCAGGAGCUUAUCAGCACUGAGGCAGAGUUUGUGAAGGAAAUGGACUUCUUUGUGUCUCACCACCUGAAGCAUGUCGAGAGCAGCCCUGACACUCCAUCAAACAUCAGUGGCCAGAAGGAGGCCAUUUUCCGAAAUAUCGAAGCGAUCAAGGCCUUCCAUGACAGCUCCUUGUUCCCAAGUCUGAGAGACUGUGAAACAGAUGAUGACGUGGCCUUGCAGUUCCUCAGAAACGUGGAGGGCUUUGAGAAGUACCUCCAGUACCUGGUGGGACAGUCCCAGGCUGAGGCAGCCAUCAGUGACAAAACUGUCCACCAGUAUUUUAAGGAAUACACAGAGAAGGAGCUGGCCAAUGUUGACCCCUCAGAGGGCCCGGUGCAUAGCAUCCAUGCCUACAUACAGAAGCCCCUGGAGAGAAUACAGAAGUACAAGGCUUUACUUAAGGAGCUGAUCAGGAAUAAAGCGAGGAACGGCCAGAACUGCUGCCUGCUGGAAGAGGCCUACUCCAUAGUGUCAUCCCUCCCGCAGCGCUCAGAGAACACGCACCACGUCUCUCUGAUCGAGAACUACCCUGCCACGCUGAUCUCCCUGGGAGAGCCCAUCAGACAGGGGCCUUUCGUUGUGUGGGAGGGGGCCCCCGGAAUCAGGACAUCCUCCAGGGGGCACCAUCGCCACGUCUUCCUGUUCAAGAACUACGUCAUCAUCUGCAAGCCCAAGAGAGACACCAAUACAGAAACCCAGGCCUAUACCUUCAAGAACAUGAUGAAGCUGACCAACAUCGAUGUGAACGAGACGGUGGAGGGCGACGACCGUGCCUUCGAGAUCUGGCAUGAGCGGGAGGACUCUGUGAGGAAGUACACACUGCAGGCCCGAACCAUCAUCAUCAAGAACUCCUGGCUGAGGGACCUGAGGGAUCUGCAGCAACGCUACAGCCUGCCCGCCUGGAGUGCUCCAGACUUUGAGGAGGUUCUGGCUGACUGCACAGCAGAGCUUGGACAGACAGUGAAGCUGGCCUGCAAGGUCACAGGCGUGCCCAAGCCUGUGGUCACCUGGUACAAAGACGGCCGCCCGGUGGAGGCUGACCCACAUCACAUCAUCAUCGAGGACCCCGACGGCUCCUGCACCCUCAUCCUGGACAACAUGACCGCUGACGACUCGGGCCAGUACAUGUGCUUCGCCACCAGCUCCGCCGGCAACGCCAGCACCCUGGGCAAGAUCACCGUGCAGGUUCCUCCCCGGUUUGUGAACAAGCUGCGGAAUGCUUUCUUUAUACCAGGCGAGGAUGCCCAAUUCACAUGCACCAUCCAGAGCGCCCCCACCCCCAAGAUCAGGUGGUUUAAGGAGGGCCGGCUGCUGACGGAUCAGGAAAAGUACCAGACCUACAGCGAGCAGCGCAGCGGGGUUCUGGUCCUCGUCAUUAAAAACCCUGGAGAGAGAGACCUGGGACGCUACGAGUGUGAGCUGUCCAAUCGGCUGGGCAGUGCCAGGUGUGCAGCAGAGCUGUGCCCGCAGUCCGCCAUGGCGACGACCGGGGAGCAGGCCAUCACCAUCGAAGUCACAGAGCAGGAGACUAAAGUGCCAAAGAAAACCAUCAUCAUAGAAGAAACUAUAACCACGGUGGUGAAGAACACGCGGAUGAAGCGACGCGUGUCUCCGGGCCGGUCCCCAUCAAGGACCCCCACCCCCGAGCCCGCCGCGGCCAGACAGAGACGUCCGGCUGCCCGGCUGCACCAGGAGACCGUCAAGAAGACCAUCGUGCCCACGCUGUAUGUGACGGAGCCGGCAGGGGCAACGGCCAGGCUCGCAGAGAAGAAGCCCAAGUGGGUGGAGGUGGAGGAGAUCAUCGAGUACAAGGUCAACAAGUCCCCCAAGCUGCCCAGGAAGGGCGGAGCCUCUGCCACGGCCGAAAGGGAGACCGUCAUCAUCUCCAGGCCCAGGCGGUCCCCUCGAGACGACCCCAACACCAACAACUCCAACAACAAGCUGGUGGAGCAGGCUGGAGCCUCCGUGCCAGAGGAUGGCUUCCCUGACGUCACUGUCCAGCCUCUGUCAUGGGAAGACCAGCAGGUGGCCUCAGCUGAGCCUGCCACAGCCCCAGAGGGUGACGUGGCCAAUGCAUCAGCUAACAUCCAGCUGAAGGGAACUGCUUCUCCGAUGGAAGCUGCCGUGGAUCAGACUCUUGUCUUCAGCUUUGAAAGUCCGGAAUCCCAUGAUGUAGAUGAAGCAGCCAGCCCUGGGUGCUGCGAGGAGCAGGACUGGUCGGAUGAGGAAACCGUCAUCGUCGAAGAACCCGAGGAGGAUGAGCUGGGAAACAGAGACCUGAAGAUUUUGACCAGGGAUGGUCGGGCGAUCACCUUGGCAGACCUCGAGGACUAUGUACCGAGGGAAGGGGAGACCUACGGGAACACAAAACAUGCCGAUCAGUCCGCUGCUGACAAACCCAGUGAGAUAGCGGUACUGCAGAGGGAGAUCAACGAGCCCACCAUCGGAAAGCCCGUGCUGCUGAACCUGGGACGGCCAGUGGCCCCCAAGCCCCGGCCGAGCCUCUUCAGCCGCUUCAAGGAGCACCUCUCCAGCAGCCUGUUCAUGUCCGCUAACCCUUCUUCCAGAGGGGAGCGGCAGGUCCCCAUACGCAUGAGCGGAACGCAUUCCCUCCUACAGCCAGCAGGGGGUGCUGCUGUGUCCUCUGAGAGCCAUGCUAAGCUUGAAGUCAAGCCUUCGUACAGUACAGAGGUCCAGAGAGGCACAGAGGGAGGGCAUCAGAGCUUCAAAACGGAAGUGUCUGCCCGUACCUUUGACUACACGUCAGUGGGAGAGCCAGUUACUCUGCAAAUCAGCAAGAGGGACAAAUACCAACACUCAAAACCGUAAACCAGAAAAUUCUGCUCCCUCGAAUGUCUAGAAAACAAAUAUAAUCUGAAAGAGACAUGAAACAGCCCUUUUAGUCUUAAAUGGGAACAUUUCUGUAAAUCCUACUUAAAUGUAAAGGCAUAUGCAAAGCUUUCAUUUACUGUAAAUUGCGGAUCAUUCCAUAUUGAUGACGAGACGCUGAAGAUCAAAGAUUUGAUAUUUUCCUCCUGUUCAUUACCUUCUCUUCAUUUUGAAUGUGAAAUACAGGUCAGCAGGUGUAACUAACCUGAAAGUUUUAUCUUACAUUCUUUUUAACAGCACAAAAAUAUGUGUUUGUGACAUCGGUGUGAAAUGUGCUCAGGUAAGAUAAUUCAUAGUUGCCUUGACAGCAAGUACAGUCACAAGGCCUCCACUGCUGUGCACUGUUCCCUUCAUUUGUGAGGGCACUAUGCAUAUACAAACAUGCAGAAAUAGACACUGUAUAAUUACCGACUUUAUGUCAAAAGGUUCAAAAAUGUUAUCCAUUCACUUAUUGAGGAGAUAACAGUUGUGCCUUGGAAUUUUAAUGUUUUUUGACCGUAUGUAUGAGAUCAGUAAAACAUGUUUCCUUACAUAUGUCUUCAAGCAAAGGAGAUAAACUAACCUUGUUAGUCAGACACAGUGUUACUUGUUGAUAAUAUGUAAGAUCACUCUGAAUAACAAGGAACAUGUUAAGAAUGAUGCCCUACAGUGUUGGCAGUCAGAAUUAAUUUAUCUGGAUAGUGCAAAGACCAAACUGUGGAUGAUAUUGUUCUACACGAAGGAAAGGAACGUUUGUUAAAGAUUCCUUCAAGGUUCUAUGUGAUGCUGUGCGAUGGAAUUGCGAAGUAUUGUAUCAAAGCUUUGUUUUUUGGUACAUGUACGGUACAAAACUGUUGUGUUGAUUUUAACAGGGGUGUAGCCUAUGAAGAAAUAGAAACUUCUAUGGUUAAUGAUCUUUAGAUUAGUUGGAUAUUGGUUAGAACAGUCUCAGAAAUUGAAUAACUGUGUGGUACAGGAUAGUGUAAUUAGAUCAGCAGUAUUAUCCUUUUUGCAGUUUCAGAACUCUGAUACCUCUAUUUACCCAUCUUUUGUAGUACUGUGACUGACAAGGCUCUUUUUACCUACCAUUUACAAAUAGCAAGGCUACUUCAUCUUGCAAGAAAGGGCUCUGUUGAACACCAUGUUUUCUAUUUAGAUUGUGAGUUGUUAGAAUGCCUACAGGAUAAAUGGCAGAAGCUUAUGUAAGGUGGGUUGCUGCCCUCUGAAGCUGACUGGUUUUGUAAAGUAGGUAAUAUAUUGAAAAAGGAGACAAGUGGAAGGACUACCAAGGGACAGACAGCAUGAUGUGUAUGUGCUUAUGCAUUUAUCCUAUUAAAUUAAUUUCUUUCAUUAUGUAAGGCUCCUUAUCCAGCUCAGUGUUUGGUACAGGUUUUAAAGCACAAGAUCAAGUUGUAUAGAGGUGAUGCUGGAGCAUGCCAUGGAUGGUAAAUUAUUAAACUGGAUGACGAUUAAAGUCGUAUGCAUUAGCGUCAGACAGGGAAUUAUAAAUAACCAAUUGCGCUAAGGUAUGUGUGAAGAUUGAUUUUAUCAUACUUUCCUUCAUAAGAAAAGAAGCAGAGGUUAAUGGAUAAUGCUACUGUUUUGUUUCAUGAAUAUUGGAAAAUGAUAUUUGAAAUUGUAUGUAAAAAAAAAAAGGUAAUUAGGCAUUGGAGAUCUAACACAAAAAGCACACCUGUGUUGAGAACCCCUGCGAAUGUUUAUACGUGAAGCUGAAAUUAUAGAGCUAGCCAUGUUUGAGGUAUUCCAAGUGUGUGUCAAGUAAAGCUUUUGAUUUGGAUUCAAUAAAUAUCUUGCACCUGAAGGA